GCAAAGUCAAAACAGACAAACACAUUGCGAGUGUUUUAACUUGACAUUCUGAAGUCCGAUUCAAGAAAGCUGAUCUUCAUAGAAGACGCCACAAUGGUUGUUCGGCCCCUGACCCUGAAACCUUACUGCAGACAUCUUCAGUGUGCGAUAGGAAGUUCAAGAGCUGUCGAAGCCCGUCUUAUAUGGCUGCGAAACAGACGUGUCAUUGUGCCCGUGGAUUGCUCCCUCACUAGCACAGCACAAUGGUCCUGACUCUCGUCUCGGGCGAUAGCGAUGCCGCUGCUUCGGCGGAGAAGUUACAAGCCACGGAUGACGCACAGCAGUGCCGGGUGCCUCGAGAUGUCGUCCUCACCCAACACAAUGACAACAGUCGGUCAAGGAAGGCGAGGCUUAGCGCAUACAUGGCGAUCGCUGCAUCGGCCUUCGGUUUGAUCUCAGACGGAUAUCACAACAACCUGAUGACAAUGACCAACGUCGUCUUCAAGAAACUGUACCCGACUGAAUACACUCCUGACGUAUCCACUCGCGUCUCGAAUGCGAUGUUGGUCGGAGAAAUCAUCGGGCAAGUGUUCGUCGGCGUCUUGUGCGACAGGCUUGGCCGUAAAAGCGGGUUCGUCACGACGACGCUAUUGAUCAUCAUAGGAGCGAUCCUCUGCACUGCCGCACAUGGAGCGCAUGGUAGCGUGCAGGGAUUGUUUUGGUUCAUGACUGUUGCUAGAGGUGUCACUGGCGUGGGCGCCGGAGGAGAAUAUCCAGCGUCGUCGACAAGCGCGAGCGAGGGAGCCAACGAGACAUCCGUUAGCAAACGGGGUCCAGUGUUCAUUAUGGUGACCGACUUGCCCCUAGUCUUUGGAGGUCCACUAGCUGUCUCCGUCUUCUUGAUUGUCUUAUCUGCAGCGGGGCAAACUCGUCUCGAGAUCGUCUGGCGCAUCUGUUUCGGCGUAGGAAUUCUACUCCCGCUGACAGUAUUCUACUUCCGCAUGCGCAUGCUGAACUCCAUACUAUAUCGCGAAGGCGCAAUCCAGCGACGCGUCCCGUAUUGGCUCUCCUUCAAGAGGUACUGGAAGACAUUGAUCGGUACGGGCGGUUCGUGGUUCCUGUUCGACUUCAUCUUCUAUCCCAACAGCAUAUUCUCUGCAUCGAUCAUAUCAAGCGUCAUCAAGGACGGUGACUUGAAAGCGACCGCCGAAUGGCAAUUACUGCUUGGGGCCAUCGCCAUUCCCGGAGUCUUUGUCGGAGCAUUGCUCUGCAAUCCCUUAGGCCGACGCAAUACAAUGAUGCUAGGAUUUAGUGGUUAUGUCGUCUUAGGGUUGGUCAUUGGAUGCGGUUAUGACCAGGUCACGAGUAUCGUACCGCUAUUCAUUGUGUUAUAUGGGUUGAUGGUGUCCAUGAGCAACCUGGGUCCGGGUAACAUGACACUACUUACAAGUACAGAAUCAUACCCGACUCCUAUAAGGGGUACCUUUUUCGGACUCUCCGCAGCCCUCGGUAAGGUAGGAGCGGCAGUGGUACCGAGGUGUUCACGCCAAUCCAGAAAAAUCUCGGAAAGAGGUGGACGUUCAUCGUCGCUGCGAUCUUUGGAGCACUCGGCAUCCUAGUCGCGUACUUCUUCGUUCCGGAUAUGACGGGUGCUGACCUCGCCCAGGAGGAUAGGAAGUUUUACAGUAUCUCGCCGAGAACGGUUGGGAUGGAGAUGUUGGGCUCGAUGGGGAGACUAGCAGUAAGGAAGGGACCGAUUCACGUGGCUCAGAUGAAUUCAUGAUGUCGAGGUCAUAGCUUGAUAGCAACAUACACCACUAUAGUAGAGAGGCGGUGGCGAUUACAUGGCUUACAUCUCAGACCGCAACCAUUUCCUCGCUUUGGGGGCCAUGAUCAUGCAUCUGUCAUAACCGCCCGUAUUCGAAUGUCCCACAAAGCCAUGUCUUACGCGUACGCUUGGCAACACGAAACCUCAC